AUGUCAAUUAUGCGUAAAAAAAAUCGUACAAAAUAUACUGACGAUGACGAUGACAAUGAUAAUAGUGGUUAUUAUAAUCAAAAUAUUGAUUACUCAAUGAGUAAUAAUGUUAAAUAUUUAACACCAGAACAAUAUCAUUGGAGACAACAUAAAGAAGUACCUAAUAGUUUGUCAAGAUCAUCUACUGAUGAUGAAAUACAACUAGAUAAGAAUACUGAAUAUACUCUAACACCAUCAAAAUAUCGUCUUAGACAAAUCUAUCCUGCUUUAUGGAAUUCUAAUGAAAACCAAUAUAAUCAUCAAGAUCAACAAGAAUCAUUUGAAGAUAUUGAUCAAAAUAACGUAGAAAUAUCGUAUACAGAGUAUCCUGUUAUGAUGGAAGAUUUUAUAUUAACAAAAAAACCAAUUGAAGAUGAUACUACUUAUUAUUAUAAACCUAAACAUACACAAGUAUCAUAUGGAUACAAAGAUGCAUUGAAUAGUUCUGAAGUUCCAGAACGUGCAAUGAAAAACAUAAAUGAAUAUGUUCCACAACCAAAUCGUAAUUUAUCAUCAAAUUCUCUAGAUGAUGAAAAAUUAUAUUCAAAUAGACCAUCAAUAUCAAAUAAUAUUGAUCAUCGAUAUCAAUCAUUUGCUCAUAGUAAUGGAUUCUCACCAACAAUCAUUCCAUUUUCACGUAUUGUUCGAUCCACAACAGAUGAUAAUUUGAAUGAUUUUAUACCUACAAGUUUUCGUGGACAGAAUGGUUCAUAUUCUGUAUUUUAUCGAUCACCAUUAUCUUCUAGAGAAUAUCUUCAUGAAAAAAAUCCAUCGAAUAACGAUAAUUACGUUUCAACAGAACUAGAUAGCAAAUAUUAUUUCGGUAAAGGAUCUGAAUAUAAUCCGGCGAAUCAACAAGAAGACUAUUCUAACAAGGACUCAAUUUGUGUAUCAUUUGGGCGUGAACAACCAACACCAACACUAAAGCAACCAACACCAACAAUAGAGCAAUCGAUACCAAUAAUUCAACAACAACAACCAAAAAAAAUACUAAAACCAUCGGCUUUUACUAUUUAUGCCAAUAAUAAUAAUAAUAAUAAAAAUAAUAAUAAUAAUAUUAUUUUUCAAGAAGUAACUGAUAUUGGAACAGCUACUGAUGGUCUUUCUUUAGAUCAAACACAGUUAAAUACAUCGAGCAAUAAUGGAAAUUCUUCUUUCCAAAAAGUACAUAAAGAAAAUCGAGAAUCAUUAUUUACAAAGCAAAGUUCUCGUAGUGAAAGUGAAACAUAUCGAGUUCGUCAACAAUCUAGAAGUUAUACAAAUGAUGGUAAAUAUGAUACAGAUAACAGUCCAACAAAUCAAAAUUCAACACGUAGUUCUAAUAAUAAAGCAUCAACAAAUCAUUCAUAUAUAAAUCCAAAUAGGCCUACUAAUUACAAUUCAGAUACUAUAAACAAUGAUCAAUCAUCAAAACAAUCAUCAUCAGUUCAAUAUAAUGCAGAUGAAAGUCAUCGAUCUACACCUCAACCUUCAUCAAUAAUUCGAAAAUUACAUGAAACAAAUCCACUCGCUAAUUCACAAAAUACCGAAUAUGAAAAUGUUUUCAAUAAUACUGAAUAUCAACCGAGUUUAUCUAAAAAAUCAAGUGCAAAACCAUCAACAAUACCUACUAAAACAGGUGAUGGUUCAGAUACUAUUCAUUCAGGUCUUACACCUCGUCGACCAUCUUCAACACCACCAACUGAUUUAGAGGCUGAAACAAGAAACGGUAGUGGACGUCAACAUCCACGUCCAACAUAUCCUACAACACCAAGACCACCUCAUGAUAAUCAAAUGGAUGGAAACUAUGAUUCUGAUACAACAUCUGAGCCUACUCGUCGAAUUCCUCCAUCAAUAGUUGAAUCGAAAAAACCGAAACUUAUAGAUGGAUUUACUCAAUCUGAAGAAAGACCUACACGAAAUGUUGGUACAAUGCAUGAACCAAUUCAAACACGAAAUUUUGGUAAUGAAGUACAACCACAAUCAUCAUCAACACAAACAUCAUAUCCAUCACAUAUAAAACCAUCAAAAGAACCCUUUACUUUUAUAGAACGCCGUGAACCUAUUGAAGCACCAUGUACUAACUAUUAUCCUGAUUCAAGAAUAUGUGGUUCACCACAACAUGUACCUGAUGAUGUAUACUAUGAUCUAUAUGAUAAAAAACCUCAUGAACAUAUUGAACGUCGAUCUCCAUCACCAUCACCACCUCGACAAACAACUGAUUAUAUUUAUGAUGGACAUUAUCAUCCAUGUUAUCAUACACAAUAUAAAGAUCAUUCACAUCAUCAACCAAUUUCAUCAGAUGAUUAUGAUCGUUCUCAAAGAUCUCGUACUUAUUCUCCACCAUUACCACCAUCAGUAAUAUUACAUCGUCCUAUUACUAUACCAACUCAUGAUCGUAUACUAACACCAACACAUCGGACGCGUACAGCAUCAUCACCACAACAACGACCUCGUAAACCAUCACCACAAUAUCGAUGUCAUACUCCAACGCCUUCACGUCCUUCACGUCAUGUUUCACCAAAUCGUCGACCACGUUCAACUACUCCACGUCAUCGACCACAUAUGCAUUCACAAGAAACAGAUACAAGUCUUGAUGCAAUGAGAAAACAACAUCAUACAGGUGUUCAAUAUGAACCUCGAUCAACACAAGAAAAAGGUACAACGCCAAGUAUACGAACAAGAAUACAACCAAUAAAUCAACGUUCAACAACAAUAAAUUCAUCAAUAUAUUAUCAAGAAAAAUAUCCUACAGCACAUCCAACAUUAACUAGAGAUUAUGAUCGUUCACGACAACAGUAUUGUAGAAAACCACCAAAUUACGAUGAUUAUAUAGAAGAUUAUUGUCGACACAAUGAAGAAGACGAAGAAGAAGAAGAAGACGAAGAUGAAACACCUUCAAUGCAUGAUCAAUCAACUAUGGCUGAACUUAUUGUUUAUUUAGAUCAUUAUACACAAUGUGAAUCACAACCAUUUAUGGCUGAUCGUUAUAUUCAAACAACACCAAUAGUAGAUGAAAAUGAACAACGAAAUAUACCUGAUUAUGCUGAUGAAUCAUUUAUUCGACAAUUACCACGUAGUGGUUCAAUAUCUAUUCAACAACCAAUGAUUAUACAACCAGAUUCAUUACCACGUCGACAACCAUCACGACCAUCACCAACACGUCCUAAACGUGAUGGUAUUGAUUAUACAGGAAAUAAUCUUGAAGUUUCACUUCAUCAUGGUUUACAACGAGUAUCAUCUAUACGAGAUUCACCUUUACUUAAUAUUGGUACUCAAAAUGUUCUAAAUCAACCAAUUGCAAAUGAAUAUGUUACUCCAUUUGAAACACGUUUUAUAUAUGAAUCAGAUACUACAUCAUCAAUGAGAUCGAGAAGUGAUCGUUCCGUUCUUGUACCUGUUCUUAAUUCAGCACGGACUCAUCUAUUUACUAGAAGUCCACCACGUCAAUCAAAAAGUAAUGGAAAUUUUUAUCUUUCAACUGCACCACCAUCACGUUCAACAAAUUCAUCAUUGCGUAUUGAUAUAGCAACUGAUAAAUCUUAA